GAUUGAAUACAUGCUAAAUUUUCAGAAUCUGAUUUUCCGAAUUGUAUAAAACUAGUAAAAAAUAGUAUAAACUUACUAUAGAAACUAUAAGAGAAAAUAUAUUAUUUUAUAAAUAUAUCAACGAAAAGAAUAGAACAACAAUAUGUUCUAUAUACUAUGACGAAAAAUUUAAUAACUAUUUAUUUAUUUAUUUAUUUUUAUCUGAUUAAAAAAAUUCAAAUCAUGUUAUAUAUAUUAAAAUAUUAUACUCUUUUCAGUUGAAUCUUCAAAUUGAUUUAUUAUAGAGCUUAGAAACUAUUUAGGAAAUAAUAUUGAAGGGGAAAGAAAUAAGUAAAAGAUAAAAAUAAAUAAAGAAAUAGUAAUAUAGUCUAUAAUAUAGAAAUGAUGAAGAAGAAUUUUUGUUUGAUUAGUUAAUGAAUUAUAAUUUGUUUAAUGUAUACAUGAUGCAAUUUCCCUAAAUACAGAGCAUGUCUUUUUCCUUUAAAAAGAAAAAAAUAUUGAGGAAUGCAUCCAUUUGUCAUCGAAAUAGGCUGAUACUCUAACGAAUACACAAUUUAUUUUUAUUUUUGUAGCAUUGUACAGAAUUCAUGUCCCUUACGUUGCAGGUUCCCAUCAUUUCUAUAUAUAUUCUCUUAUCUUUUAUACUUCUCCUUUUUGAUGUAAUGUGGAAUUAAUUAUCAAUAUUCUCUCUUCCCCUCCCCUAUAUAUAUGCUCACAUUUUCCACCAUUUCAGUAUUGCAUUGCCACUCAAAUUACCUAACAAAAGAAGCAAAUUAAAAGAUUAAUAUUUUCUCAGGAAGUAUUCCCCCCCCCCCCCCCCCCCCCCAAAAAAAAAAAUAUAUAUAUAUAAAAAAAACAUAAAUGCAGAGGCAAGUGGCACUCAUUAAGCAGUCCCUCUUUGAUCAGGGAUUUCUCGACGAACAAUUCAUGGAGUUAGAAGAGCUCCAAGAUGAUGUAAACCCUAAUUUUGUUGAAGAAGUUGCCACAUUAUACUUCAAAGAUUCAGCUAGGUUAAUCAAUAGCAUUGACCAAGCGCUGGAAAGAGGAUCAUUUGAUUUCAAUCGGCUGGAUAACUACAUGCAUCAGUUUAAGGGCAGCAGCAGCAGAUGCUUGAGGACUUUCCAGCAAGUGAAAAAAGAGCACGCAACGUUGAGAAAGAAGCUUGAACAUUAUUUCCAGUUGGCAAGACAGGCGGGGCCUAAGGAGACAGCACGUAGGUCCAAGUAAGAGAGAGAGACAUUUGAGGAAUCGUCAGCGAUUUUUAUACUAGAAAUUACUAAUAAAAACAGUUCCUCAAUGUACGUUAUAAAGAAGAUCUUGGAUUUUAAUAUUAUGUAUGUUAAUAAACGGUCCAAACCUCUCCUAAAUUUUUUCCUUAUAUGGCCAAUAUUCUCCUUAGAGAUCAUAUAUUCAAGAUUACCACUUAUUCGUAGCA